CAUUGCUGCUUCAAAAGGAGGCUAGCCCCAAAAAUAUGGCCAUCGUUGGAGAGACGAUAAAAGUCCUCUUUAUUGGUGAUCUUGCCGUUGGAAAAACGUCAAUAUUCAAAUUAUUUAAAAAUCAUGAAGUGAAGAAGAAUCCUAAACAUACAACAGACCCUGAUAUUGUCAGCAAAACUAUUGUUAUUGCAAAUCCUCACACAACAGUAGAACUGCACCUCUACGAUACAGCAGGACAGGAACGGCACAAAACAUUGACAAGACAGUUCUAUAGAAAUGCUGACAUUGCUCUUCUUGUGUUCAGUAUUGAUGAUGGUGAUUCAUUCCACCACAUUGA